AACAGUCCGUCGUAACGUGCCCCUGACGAUACACGGCUAUGUAACGUCAUCGAAAAAAGGCCAAAUAUUGAAAAAAAAAAAAAAAAAGAAAAAAGAAACAAAAAGAAAAGAAAAAGAAAUUUCUUUUAAAUCAUCGAUAGAGUGUGUGUGAGAGAGAGAAUAUACCAUUCAUAGAUAUUUGAAAUCUAUCGGGAAAUUUAUUGUUAUUGUUGUUGUCGUCGUCGUUCUCGUUGCCGUUGUUCUUUCUUUUUUUUUUCCUUUUUUUCAUUUAAUAUAACAUUUCUUAUCGUACCUUUUUUCAACAAAUUGAACGAUCGUUCUGUGUCUCGAAAGAAGAAGACUACAAACUACGUUGAGUUUUCGAUAUAUUAAUAUCUGUCAAGUGUUAACGCAUCGAAGGAGGGAUUAUUAUUCUCAACGUGGAAGAUCAUCAUCAUCAUCGUCGUCGUUGUCGUUGUCAUCGUCAGAAAUCAUUCUGAAUAGUUCUUUACAGAAGAUUUCAUACAACAACACGUGUUACGUUCGAAACAAAGAUAACAGCAAGUGCAUAUAACGUCAACAGAAAGAAAGGAAGAAAGAUAUAUAGAUACAUCCGUAUCCAUAUACAAUUACUUUGGUCCGAAGAUAAAUAAAAAGGAACAAAGAGACUGAAAGAUGACGGUCGUAGUGGAUUCAGCAAAGACGGAAGAUGGUAAUAGACCACCAAAAAUCGAGACUUUCGAUGACGUCCUGCCGUACGUCGGUGAAGCCGGCCGUUAUCAAUUGUUCCUUUUUUUUCUUCUUUUGCCAUUCACCUUCGUCUACGCGUUCCUAUAUUUCGCACAAUUCUUCAUAACGUUGGUACCAGCUGAACAUUGGUGCCAUAUACCGGAGCUCAUGCAAUGGAAUCUCACGGAUCAUCAAAAAAUCGCCUUAUCGAUACCACCACCAACGAGCGAAGAAUUAAAAUUAGAAAGUUCGACGUCCUUUUCGAGAUGUUACAUGUACAAUGUAAAUUACAGCGAGAUUCUCAACAAGGGAACCACAGAAUCUGAUCCAAACUGGCCAAAAGUUCCUUGUCUUAACGGAUGGGAAUAUAAUUACACGAUGAUACCGUAUGCCUCGAUCGCUACCGAGUUGUCCUGGGUCUGCGAGAGAACAUUUUUGAGUUCAGCAGCGCAAUCAGCAUUUUUCGUUGGCAGUAUAAUCGGUGGUUUAAUCUUUGGAUAUAUAGCCGAUCAUUAUGGUAGAAUACCCGCUUUGGUUUCCUGCAAUGCCGUAGGAUUUUUCGCUUCUGUUGCUACGGCCUUUUGCAAUAGCUUUUGGACAUUUUGCCUGGCAAGAUUAAUCGUCGGCACAUCCUUUGACAACUGCUUCAACAUUCUUUUCAUCAUCGUUAUCGAAUAUGUAGGGCCAAGAUAUAGAACGCUGUUCGCAAAUAUGUCUUUUGGAAUUUAUUUCGCCGCGGCAGCUGGAUUAUUACCAUGGAUUGCUUAUUGGAUAGCAGAUUGGAGAAUUUUAAGUAUCGUCACGGCAUUUCCCAUGAUCGUUGCAUUUAUCGGACCUUGGAUCGUUCCUGAAAGUGCACGAUGGUACAUAAUGAUGGGUAACACGAGCAAGGCCAUCGAAAUGUUGCAAAAAUUCGCCAAGGUCAAUGGGAAAGACGUAAAGCAAGAGAUUUUCGACGAAUUUGAAAAAAGUUGUAAAAGUAUAGCGGAGAAGGAUAAUGUCCAUCAGCAAUAUACCGUUUUGGAUCUUUUCAAAUUGCCUCGAUUAGCAUAUAUUACGAUUAUACUUGUAAUAUAUUGGCUUCUCAUCGUUCUGGUAUUUGAUGGGCACGUAUGGAAUAUGAAAUUGUUAGAUCCCGACGUUUUCACAUCAUUUUCUCUUGCCUCAAUGACCGAGCUUCCAGCUGCUAUUCUUUUGGCCCUUUUACUCGAUAGAUGGGGACGACGGUGGAUGGGAUUUGCCUCAAUGUUUUUAUGCGGCAUUUUUUCAUUUAUCGCAAUCGCAACUCCCGAAGGCUAUUUCACUGUGGCUAUGGCUAUUCUGGCCCGUUUAGGAGUAAACAUAGCUGCUAAUAUUGGUUUUCAAUAUGCAGCUGAAAUGUUGCCAACGGUUGUACGAGCACAAGGCGUUUCGUUGAUCCAUAUUAUUGGUUAUUUCGCUCAUAUUAUUGGACCUUACAUUAUUUAUCUGUCCGACGUAAGUCCAGUAUUACCUUUGGUAGUUCUCGGAUUAUUAUCCUUCAUAGAUGCAUUUUUAACUUUGUUAUUACCAGAAACUUUAAAUCAGGAUUUACCUGAAUCUUUACAAGAAGGAAAUGAUUUUGGCAGGGAACAAAGUUUCUGGUGGAUUCCAUGCAUAACAUCAACUCCAGUUUUGAAGAAAUCUUAUAGGACGAAGAAAGGUAUGACGAAUACUGCUUUCCACGGUAGUAUCCAAAGAAUUGAUUCUACUAGAUUAUAGCGAUCGAUGGAUCAAAAUAAUCUGAAUAAUCUAUAUCGGUGAUGAUAAUAACCAAAUCGUUGUAAAUAAUAAUAGUAAAUAAGUGUGAUCUUAGA